GCUCCGUUGUCAAAUUCCAUUUGAUUUCCAGUUCAUCGAACUUCAACGGAACGCGACGGGACCGAGCUAUUAGACGCGCAGCGCUGUUUGGAGAUCCCCGCUCACACCACUUCUUGCCCUCCGAUAAUACACCUCAGCGAUUUUCCAUUAUACAGCGUCGGUGCCUAACAUGUCCCACCAACAACCUCUCUCGUCGUCGGUCCAGCCGACUGACAUCUAUGGCGGAGAUGAGGUAUCCGCGCUUGUUCUCGAUCCGGGCUACUGCAACACUCGCGCCGGCUAUGCUGGCGAGGAAAUGCCCAAGCAAGUUCUCCCUUCUUUUUACGGCCACAUCAAUGGGCGUGACGUAUUCGGCGACGAGUAUAUCGUGCCAAAACCGGGCUUCGAAGUGCGCAACUACAUGAACCGCGACAGCGUUGUCGAAGAUUGGGAUGCUGCCACCAGGAUGUGGGAACAUGUUCUCGUCAAGCGUUUGCAGCCCGAGCGAUCAACACCUCCCAGCAAAAAGGGUAUCAACAUUAGUGACGAUGGCGAUGUGCCCAUGGAAGACGAUGGAAACAACAACGAGGAUGCUACGGACGCGCUGGAGAAGCCACUGGCCGAGAACCCUCUUCUUAUGACCGAAGCGCCGUGGAACUCGCCCAAGGCGCGCGAGAAGGCCAUCGAAAUCAGCAUGGAGACUUGGGGCGUGCCCGCAUUCUGGCUUAGCAAGACACCUGUGCUCGCAGCAUUUGCGGCCGGAAAGGCCACGGCUCUGGUAAUAGACGUGGGCGGUGCCAACACGAGUGUCACGGCCAUCCACGACGGCAUGGUCCUCAAGCGAUCGAUUCAAAGGUCUCCGGUGGGCGGUGUUUGGCUGAGCAGCCAGAUCUGCAAGAUGUGGGACGGUAGUGAGCCCAAGGUCGACGUUGUGCCGCGGUUCAUGGUCGAGAGUAAGAAGCCCGUGGAGGCCGGUGCGCCUGCCGAAGCCAACCUGCGAAAGUUUAACUUCGACAUCCACCCGUCCUUCCGCGCUUACGAGGAAGAGCGUGUUCUCACCGAGUUCAAGGAGUCUGUUGUCGAGGUGUGGCGUGGUCCCCAGCGGUUCACGACCCCCGGAAACGAAGAUGCUGUCCGUACACAACCCGGCCGGGUCUUCGAGAUGCCCGACGGCAGCAAUCAGAUGUGGCGUGAGCAGCGCUUCAAGGUGUCGGAGGGCAUGUGGGACGAGACGGCUGCCUAUAACAGCACUGACGAGGAAGGACGUGUUACUAAGGCUCAGACGAUCCCGGCUCUCAUCAAGGCGGCCCUCGAGGGUGUUGAUGUUGAUCUCCGCCCCAACAUCCUCGGCAACGUUGUUGUCACGGGUAGUACAAGCUUGUUGAACGGUUUCAACGACCGUCUCAACCACGAGCUCGCGCAAAUGUACCCCGGUGUGAAGAUCAAGAUCCAUGCGGCGGGUUUGACGACCGAGAGACGCUUCGGUGCUUGGAUCGGAGGAAGCAUUCUCGCCAGUCUCGGAACCUUCCACCAAAUGUGGAUUUCGCGAAAGGAAUAUGAUGAGAACGGCGCGGGCAUUGUCGAGAAGCGCUGCAAGUAGGAUUUCACUUUGUCAAUUGCAGAAAAAGAAAGUUGUCGAGGCAUGAAGUGGAAAACCCUCCCACGCCGCGCUAUGGAAAUGGCGGGAGGCUACAAAACAUCGGAUUCCAAGUCAGGCCACAAUGGUUGAUGCCUAAAGUGCUCACACAUUCAUGGAGUUUGUGUGGGGUGGAGUGUGGUGGUCAUAUAAGAUGGGCAUGAUAUUUUCUACGUCGCUAAUUAUCAGGCAGGUGUAUGUUAUGGUCGCACGAUAUGGCGCGGAGGCGUUCCGGAGAAAUGGAUUUUCAAUGCUUUCAGCUUAUGAAAGAUACACGCCAACCAUUGCCUGUAUUGCCAGUUUUGACUUUAAUCACGGCUAGAUCCCAGAGCUUCAACUGUCUCCAAGUAGUUCAUUCACCGUAAAGCUUCUACGUACAAAGUGUAAUUUCUUCUAGACAAUCCAUAAUCCUCUCAUCAGUCCUACCUGUCAAUGGGGCAGCUAUACUCUCUCUUCGUUCCAAAACUAGCUCCUUUGGAAACCGCGCCCCCAUGUUUCAUCUCAAGAGCGUCCAGGCAUGCUUGAUGGUAGAUGUGUCUGCAGGCCAGCACAACCAGAGGGCUAAGCUUCUGUUCCCGGUUUGCCACUAUUGGCCCUUGCACGCCUUCAUGUCCAGAAGUGUUUGCUUGCUGGUUCGGGUCGUUCAUUGACUCCCCUUGCUGCUUCAAUUGCGGGCUCACAGCCUUUCCCUUGCCCUUCCCCUUUCCAUCUCCAUUUGCAUUUCCAUUAUACUUCUCCCCACCCUGGGGCCCGUCCGUUGCCGGCCACGCAUGAUCCUUGCCCUUCCCCCGUUCAGUAGUAGCACUCGCCGCCUUGUUUUUGCUCAUGGUGAGUUGCUUCCUCGCCUGGCGUUGACUCUCCUCAGCAGCCUGGCGAUCUUCCCACGCUUCGUAGACAUUACCCGCCACACCAGGACCCCAAACUCGCCGGCCGCAGGCCUCGCAGGUGGAGCCUUUAGGACGCCAACCUCGCUGGCGGAGUUGGACGGCUUGGCUUACACUCACAAAAAGACUGCGUUCCAAAAGCCGGUUUGAGAGGCUAAGGAUGGAUUCUUCGUAUGCGUAUGCGGCGAAGAUACUGGAGAGAACUGAACGGAGAUCUGCAAGGUUAGGCGACGACGCCGCGGCGCGAGUGAGGAACGCACGAAGAAUACGGAGGAAGGAUAGAUUGGCGUUUAUUGCUGGAGGUUGUAUAUCACCCGUGUCUGCUGCAGAUCGAGAGGUACGGGUUGAUGUGGAUGAGAGGAGGGCUGUAAAGGUGUCUUGCACGAGCGAUCGUGCCAAGGUGACAAGCUUUUCUGUCUCUAAUGACAUAUGGAAUGGUUCACUGUUGGGGUUAGAAUCGCCGUUCAUAAGCUGUGCUUGUGCUGAAUCAUCUGGGGGUGGUAGCUGCAAGGCUGAAGUAGCCCGCUUGGUGAUCUGUACACAGCUCUCAACCAAGCUGAGCCAGAGUUGCUCGUCGGGCGAAAGCUCGUCUUCAGAAUUUGAUUUGUGUCGUUGACGUGUAUUACCACUCUCUCGAGCGGCUUUGGUUUGUUCCUGACACAGCCAAACGCCCACACGAGUGUAGUUUUGCAAAGCUUGCAUAAGUUCCUCCGUACUUUCUUGGGAAUUGAGAUCUCCUUGCGACUGAGAGGCGGUUCCGGUCAAUAGACCGUAUAAGGCUGAUUCAAGAGUUUCCAAGUGUCUCGUCAGUCGCGCCAUGGCCUCCUUCACUUGCCCUUCUUUCGCCAUCAGUAUGACGGCAGCGUCGAUUACACCCGUCUCUUCCAUCGUAGGCAGUAGCUUCUCUAACCUCAAGUUCGUAGCUUGGACUUUGUUUACGUAUUCCGGUACAUGUGAUGGUUCAAACUGGCACAUGAGCUGCAGAUACUGCUCCACAAGAUCUUGUUGAGGCGGACGGACGUUCAUCACCUCCUUACUUGGCUCCAGUAUCAUCUUCAGAUAAGUAUACCGAAGGUGCGGCUGCUCAGAAACGGAAUCCAGGACGUGACUGUGCAACUCUGGAGCGUAGGUCCCUAUUGCUUGCGCCGCUCUAACAGAGUCAAUCUGGACUAGUUUACCGGCGUGAUCCUUGAUGACCUGAUGUACGUCCUGUAUCUGGCGACGGGUAAGACCUGAGUGCGGUCGGAGACAGAGUUCGAUGCAGUCAAAGAUAGCUUCCCGCUCAUUCGGAUCUUCGAAGUAGGUCAGAGUCAAUUUCCCAUACUGUUUGUCUGCUUUGUAUAUACGCUUCAGUAUCCGAUAAAAUCCAGCCUCCUUGAACCGCGGUAUCAAGUCGGGUAGAUCUGGCGGAUGAUAAACUGAAAGUAGAUAUUCGGCGCUUAGUUGGGCAUCCUCGGCAAGGUCAUCCCCUGGAUAUCGACACAGCUCGACCAGGACCUUGGUAAGUGUCGAUCCCGUGAAAAGAAGGUAUUGC